AUGGGUCGCAAUCGUACCCGGCCAGCACGCGCUGACCCUUCAAAGCCGCCACGUCCGCGCAAUGCCUGGAUGUUGUUCCUCUGCGCAUAUCACCAGGAGCGUACCAGGAAGCAGGAAAUGAACCUCCCUCUCGAGAACGAGACGCACCAACACACUAAGAUCAUCUCCCAGAUGUGGAAGGCUCUUCCGCAAGAGGAACGCGAUAAAUGGGUCAUGGCCGCUGAGCGCGAGAAGGAGGAGCACGCCAGGCUGUACCCUGGCUACAAGUACCAGCCCUCUAAGCCUCCGGGGCGCAAGGCGUCCACAGCUUCUGCAUCACCGCCUCCGGCUGUGCCGCCACAGUCGUCGUCGAGUGCUCAUCCGAGCGUGACCAAGGCGCGCAGUAACUCUUCCGCCGCCAAGCCGAAGGAGACUGUACUAGGCCAGACUCCGAUGCAGUGGGACGUACCCCAGGCGGCUAAGAAGGCGAGGAUGAGGCAAGAGUAUGAUCAGGUCAAGCAGCCGAAUUCCCAACGUCAAUCGCAGACGCCACCAUAUGCUCCGGCGCCGCAGCACUAUGCACAGCAUUCUGCGCCUAAAGCUAGACGAGGGCGCCCACCGAAGGCCAAACAGGAGGUUAUCGAAGAGGAUAUCGAGAAUAUUGAGCUCGUCGACGGCCAGCUUGUACCCAAAGCCGGCGGUUCGGCGGCUGCUAACGAGGAUAGCGAUGAGGACAUGUUGUAUGAGAGUGAGGACGAGGAUCACGCGGGCAGCGCUCAUGGACACCAAUACGGUCAUCCUGGUUACGCCUACGAUCAGGCGCCCGAGGAUAGCGAGUCUGAGGACGAGGCGUCAAGUCAGGUUUCCCCCUCUACGCCCACGCAACAGGAUAACCCCGCCGCGCCAGUGGCAUCUUCGAAACCUACCGCGACGGACGCACAGUUCCCGCUGCGUCAUGCGAGUUAUGAACAGUAA